GUGUUUUGCUGACCAAUUUAGCUAUGAUAAUCUCAUAUUCUCAUCGAUCAACAACCUGACUGCAAUCGAUGUUACGAAGUCCAAAAAAUCAAGAAGUCGCGUACGGGAAUCCAAGAAGUUUCAAUUUCAAAAUAUGACGAUUCAGUGUUCCAAGGCAUUUGAGCUUCUCCCGUCUGCGAGUCAAAUACUUGUCAAAGUGGAUCAAUAUAUAUAUAUACUCCGUAUUUGUCUGGAAAACUUUGAUAUGCUACGUCCAGUCCCCUGAAUCGUUUUCUUUUCUGCAAAAACCGUUAAGCAGAAGAAGUUGAGUGUGUGAAGAGAACAUGGCGGCGGUAAAGGAAGAGCCAGUAGUAGUACCCCUGAAACUUUUGGUAGAUGAGAAGAAGAACCGAGUAGUGGCUGCGGAAGCAAACAAAGACUUCGUGGAUAUACUCUUCAGCUUUCUCACCUUCCCAAUGGGAACCAUUAUCAGACUCAUCACCAGUACACUUGCAAAGGAGAAAUCCAUACCUGCUGUAACAGUAGGGUGUAUGAACAAGUUAUACGAAGGCGUUCAAAACCUGAGCAGCCAGUAUUGGCACUCAGACCACUGCAAGAACAUUCUUCUCAAUCCCAGAAAUCCCCUUGGGGACUUCUGCUAUAAGUUGAAGAUUAACAUUGAUGAUUCUGGGUCCGAAAUCACAUAUCGCUGUCCAAACUGGCGUUGCACAAAUUAUAGCAUGCACCGAAAUGUUAGGUGCCCGGGUUUUUGUGGUGGCAGUACCACAGAAGAGAGGAAGCCCAAACGUUAUGGCUUAAGUCAAAGUGGUGCCUUUUUGAAGGGAUAAAUAGUAUUCAUAAUCUCUGACGAGUUACAGAUCAGGCCUGCCUCUCCUGCAGUUCUUGCUCAACUUAUUCCUGACAUGGGCUCAAGAGAUUGGAGUAGUAGAAUCAGGGAGAUGUGUGUUCAAGUUUCCAAGGCUGAGGUACCCCACUUCUAAUCUUUAUCUGUGAAAAUAUUGGUACAUUGAAUUCAUCUGGAUAAAGAGUGGUUAUUUUAAUAAUGGUAACCUGAAAGUUUUGGAAAAACCAAUUGUUUGGUGGUUAUUGAAAACAUACAGUAAACGAGUAAUAAAAGUUUCCGUAGAGUUGAUAUAUGAUCUGGUUAAAUCUUGUCUUGUCUUGUGGGAUCGGUGAUAAAUGAGAGGGUUAUUGGAAGUCUUAUUUGAAUUAUUAUUUCAAUUGUUUACUAGUUUAGCUUUGUCAUCAUAUCCUUUUAUUACAAACAAAUGUAUCUUACUUAACCCAUACGUUCCAUACUAGUCUGCCAAGAUACCAUAUACAUGUACAACAUCCAUAGUAAGGAAGUAUGAUGAAUUCUCUUUGAGACCACUUUUUAUCUCUCAAUAUGUAGUAGUUCAUUUACACUAGCGUUAUUCGAAUUCCAUCAAAUUUAUCACAGGUAAUAUGCCUGCUUGCACGUUCAUUGGUUUCAGAGUCUCCAAUAAGUGAUGUCUUUCUUACUGAUGUUCCUGCAUAUGGAACAGUGGGAAUCCAAAUGAAGCCGCCGAAACUGGUUUCUACUUUUUCAUCACCAGCAUCCGAGUCGCUUCAGAAAGAUGAACAGAAUAAUGAUGAUAGCCUGAAUCUUAAAGUGACAUUGGUCAAGUCUACACAGGAGAUAUUGUUCGGUGAAGCGACAAAUGAGUUCUUUGAUUUCAUGUGCAGCUUUCUGACCACUCCUAUCGGAUCAAUGAUGCGUGUUUUGGAAGGGCAAUCGGGGCUAAAAUGCAUGGAUAACUUGUACACUAGUGUGCUAGAGUUGGAUCCGAACUGGUUUCAUUCUUCAAAUAAGUGUGGCUUACUCGACCUUUGCAUUGCGCAAGAUCAUAACUGCAAGAAGCAGCCUAUCAAAUCUUUCAAUACCAAACAUAUACUCGAGCAUCUCAUAAGCCCAAGGUGGAGCAAUAAUUUUACUGUGGAACCAUCAAUGUUCUUGGUUCCAGAUGAUUUUCAAGUAAAGCCUCUUUCUGCUACUUCCAGUUUCCUCUUACUAAAGAAAUUGGAAAUUUCUUUCAGUCAGACUGAAGAGCGAUGUGUCACUGUCGGUAUGAAAGAGGCCAUAAGCUUACUGAAGGCUGCACUGACAUCAACAUCAUCUGCUCUUACAAAGGGAUUAGGCCCCUUCUUGCAGAAGCACAGCCCCUAGCUGCACCAUCUACUUACGUCCCAACGAAAAUCUCAGGGAGAACUUCAAGCUGUCUAAAUAAUGCUGCGAAAGUUCAGUUAUAUUUAUCUAGUUUUUUUCAUUAUCUCAACUCUCAAGAAUGUUAUUCAAGUUUAUCUUUGUUCGGGGUAUAGUUCUGUACUUUAUAGUUUAUACCCAACUUUGUUUUGGUUUCCUAUAAUCCUAUAUUUAAAAGUGCACUUAGUUUCUUCAGUAUUGUCUUCCUUUAUUCUAAAAAAAUAAUGGCCUCAAAUACAGAAAUCACCAAUAUAAUUUCUCAAUUUAAUGCAUUUUUAAAUUUUAUGUUUAGCAGAGGGUGUGAUGCAACAUGCAAUACAAACAUUUUUUUAGACUUGGACAGUGUGGCUCAUUACAGACCAAUCAUGAAUUCUAUACCAUUGUUAUCAAGUGAGUUUAACUAAUUUUGAUGCCAUGUAGAAAUUUGAAAUUUCCUAUUAAAUGGUCAUCCUUAUGGAAGAACUAAAGAAAAGUCUUAUAUGCAAGUUCGCGUUUUUAUGUCCGAUGUGAUGACUACCGGUAAAAGGAUAGACAGCAUGGUACAUUAUUUUUUGUAAACAUAUGCAAAACAAAUUUCAGGCAUAUUUAAAGUUUGAAACCCAUUUAAAAUAAUAAUAGUAAUUGAUAUAAUUUGUGUCUUGUUUUUUUGACCAUGUAUUCUUAUAGGAGAGCCCCACAUGGAUAUAUCAAAAUGUGGAAGUUGAGUUUGUGUUUUUUGUUGAACUAAUUAAUUGAUUAUAUUUUAUCUUUUAAAAUUGGAUGGUUUAGUCAAACUGGGUUUAUGCCUUCAUUAUCGUGGAAUACACAAGAGUUCAUUCAUUUUCUCCAUACAUAAUAAUACAGCAUAUGACAUCAUUUAUUUCACAAACUAAAAGUGCAUGUCUACUACUGCAAGUUUUAUUUCUCUAUAGCCUGAAAAUUUUAGCCAGCUUGAAUGAUCUUUAAUGUCGCUUUUCAUGCCUCUGGCAGAAAGAUUUAAACCUUUCAAUACCAUCCUCUAGAGCAGACGGUUCCAUGGCAAAACAGAACCGAAGCCAAUUCUUCACUCCAACUACAACCCCUGCAUAAACAAAUGCAUUUUACUCACACAGUACUCCAUAUAAGUUAAAGGAGGCUAUUCUUUCUAUGUUUUCUUUACCAGGGACAAUUAUAACAGACUCUUCUUUUGCUAGCUUGAAGCAGAAAUCCACAUCAUCAUCAAUGUCUUCUAGUGCUGACGUGUUCAACUGAACCUGCGAUCACCGUUGUCCACAAACCAUACUGAUCACCUUUUCUCUAUUAUUAGGGAGAAUGAAACAGUGGCGGAUUUAUGUCUCAAUAUUUCGGAGCUACAAAAUAUUUAACGGUCAUUAAGGGUAAAGAAGUCAACUGAAAAAUGGAGUUCCAUUUUUUAAUAACAAUGUACCACAUCUUUUGCAUAGAGUGUAUUGACAUAAACUAAGGGUACUAACCGUGAUUCAUAAUUAUAAUGUUGUUAGAUGCAUGUAUGCCAGAGUAUACAAUCCGAGUAUGAGUGCGGCAUAUAGAAUUGAAAGAGACAUUAAAAAACAAGAAAUUGAAAAGCUUAAAUCCACAAAUAACAUAAAAAGGCAACUGAUAUAAUUUUAAAAGAACAAUUAUAUCUAGCUCUUUAAUAUACUUUGACAUGAUUCAUACAUCAUCUUG